AAAUAAGCUUCUAAUAAUUUAACUAAAAUAUGGGCGACGCUUGUGUUACACGAAAAGUUAAAGGCAUACAAUUUGGUGUGCUCUCACCGGACGAAAUCAAACGCUUAUCCGUUACAGAAGGUGGCAUCACACGUGCAGUAAUUGUGGAGGAUGGUAAGCCAGCGUUGGGCGGUUUAAUGGACCCGCGUCAAGGAGUUUUAAAUCGGGAAUCACGUUGCCUUACAUGCGCCGGCAAUAUUGUCGACUGUCCCGGUCAUUUUGGGCAUAUUGAUUUGAGUUUGCCUGUUUUUCAUAUUGGAUUCCUAAUUAAAACUAUUAAAAUUUUACGUUGCGUAUGCUUCUCUUGCUCUAAGUUAUUGGUUUCACCCACAAAUCCGAAGGUUAGAGAAUUACUGAAUCGCACCAAAACACGCCCACGCAUGCGUCUAUGUCUCAUGCGUGAGCUAUGCAAAUCGAAGACAAUAUGUGAAGGUGGCGAAAACAUGGACAUACCAAUUAAAUGUAAUAAUGAUAAGAAUAUUUCGGAUCAUGGCGGUUGUGGUUAUCAUCAACCACGCAUUACACGAAACAAGCUGGAACUACAUGCCACCUGGCAGCGUUUAACGGAACAGCGUCAAGAGCGUCAAAUCAUUUUAACUGCACAUCGUGUCUUAGAGAUCUUCCGAAAUAUUUCCGACGAAGAUUGUGUACAUUUAGGAAUGGAUCCACAACACUGCCGUCCCGAUUGGAUGAUCAUUUCAGUGCUGCCAGUACCGCCACUAUCCGUGCGUCCUUCUGUCCUAAUGUUUGGCAACUCACGUUCUCAUGAUGAUAUCACACACAAAUUGGCUGAUAUCAUCGAAGCCAAUAAUGAAUUGAAGAAAUGUAUUGAAAAAGGCGCUGCCGAACACAUAAUCAGAGAGUGCUCCUCACUGUUGCAGUUUCAUGUGGUUACGCUCAUUGACAAUGAAAUGCCUGGUUUGCCGCGUGCUCUACAAAAAUCCGGACGUCCAUUAAAAAGCAUCAAGGCGCGCCUAAAAGGCAAAGAGGGGCGUAUACGGGGAAAUUUAAUGGGCAAACGUGUAGAUUUUUCUGCACGUACCGUCAUUACACCCGAUCCCAAUUUAAAUAUCGAUCAAGUUGGCGUGCCACGAUCGGUAGCGCAGAAUCUAACUUACCCCGAAGUAGUAACACCAUUCAAUAUUGAAUUCAUGCAAACCCUUGUGCAUCGGGGAAAUAAUCAAUUCCCUGGCGCUAAGUACAUAAUACGUAACAAUGGAGAUCGUAUCGACUUGCGUUUUCAUCCAAAACCCAGUGACUUACAUUUGGAGCUUGGCUACAAGGUAGAACGUCAUUUGCGUGAUAAUGACCUUGUAAUUUUUAAUCGCCAACCAACUCUACACAAAAUGUCAAUGAUGGGUCAUCGCGUCAAAGUCUUACCGUGGUCCACAUUUCGUAUGAAUCUAUCUUGCACUUCGCCUUAUAAUGCUGACUUUGAUGGCGAUGAAAUGAACUUACACGUGCCGCAGAGCAUGGAAACUCGCGCCGAAAUUGAAAAUCUUCAUCUAACACCACGACAAAUAGUCACACCCCAAACGAAUAAACCGGUAAUGGGUAUUGUACAAGACUGUUUGACGGGUGUAUGCAAAAUGACCAAACGCGAUGUCUUCAUAACCCAUGAACAGCUUAUGAAUUUACUCAUGCAUAUGCCCUGCUGGGAUGGUGUAAUGCCGAAGCCAUGUAUAUUGAAACCGACACUUUUAUGGUCGGGCAAACAGCUUUUCUCUUUAAUCAUUCCGGGAAAUUUGAAUAUGAUACGUACACACUCAACACAUCCUGAUGAAGAGGAUGAUAGUCAAUAUCGUUGGAUUUCGCCGGGUGAUACCAAGGUUGUUGUCGAAUACAGUGAACUAAUUAUGGGUAUUCUAUGUAAACGCACAUUGGGUGCUGCCGCAGGAUCUCUGUUACACAUUGCUUACAUUGAGCUCGGUCAUCAAAUUUCCGGAGAAUUUUAUGCAAAUAUACAAAAAGUAGUCAACGCAUGGCUGCUAAUCGAGGGCCACAGUAUCGGUAUUGGCGAUACUAUUGCCGAUCCGGCCACAUACAAAGAAAUACAAAAUGCUAUUGCGAAAGCGAAGAACGAUGUUAUGUUAGUCAUACAAAAGGCUCAUCAUAUGCAGCUAGAGCCAACGCCGGGCAAUACGCUACGCCAGACAUUUGAGAAUCAAGUAAAUCGUAUUUUAAACGAUGCACGCGAUAAAACCGGUGGCUCGGCAAAGAAAUCGCUGACAGAAUAUAAUAACUUGAAGGCCAUGGUAAUUGCUGGUUCCAAAGGCUCCAACAUCAACAUAUCACAAGUGAUCGCCUGUGUAGGUCAGCAGAAUGUUGAAGGUAAACGUAUACCUUAUGGUUUUCGUAAGCGUACAAUGCCACAUUUCAUCAAGGAUGAUUAUGGGCCAGAAGCACGCGGUUUCGUUGAGAACUCAUAUCUGGCAGGCUUAACGCCAAGUGAAUUCUACUUUCAUGCAAUGGGUGGACGCGAGGGACUCAUCGAUACGGCUGUGAAGACUGCUGAAACGGGAUACAUACAAAGGCGUCUAAUAAAAGCUAUGGAAUCGGUUAUGGUGCAAUAUGAUGGCACAGUACGAAAUGCUGAAGGGCAAAUUGUGCAGUUGCGCUACGGUGAAGAUGGUCUUUGUGGUGAGUCGGUAGAAUUUCAAACACUACCCACCAUACAACUAUCGAAUAAGGCAUUCGAGAAACAAUUUAAAUUUGAUGUUACCCAAACACGUAACCUGCGCAAAUAUUUCAACGAGGAGACCGUACGUAAUAUAACAGAAUCGCCCGAAAUCAUUCCACAGUUGGAGGCCGAGUGGGAGCAAUUAUGUCGCGAUCGCGAAGCUUUACGACAAAUUUUUCCUACCGGCGAGUCGAAAGUUGUUUUACCAUGUAAUCUACAGCGAAUGAUAUGGAAUGUACAGAAAGUCUUUCAUAUUGACAAACGCUCAACUACAACUCUCAAUCCAUUGGAUGUGAUUAAAGGCGUACGCGAGCUGCUCAAGCAGUGCGUCAUUGUGGCUGGUUCAGAUCACAUUUCCCAGCAGGCCAAUGACAAUGCUACCUUCCUCUUUCAGUGUCUAGUACGUUCGACGCUGUGCUCUAAAGUGGUAGCUGAAAAUCAUCGUUUGACGUCCGAAUCCUUUGAAAUGUUACUGGGCGAAAUCGCUACACGAUUUCAACUCUCACAAGUUUGUCCGGGCGAAAUGGUGGGUGCACUUUCGGCGCAAUCACUGGGUGAACCAGCUACACAAAUGACAUUGAACACAUUUCAUUUUGCUGGUGUUUCGGCAAAAAAUGUUACUCUGGGCGUACCACGUUUGAAAGAGAUCAUCAACGUUUCUAAGCGUCCACGCUCGCCAUCUCUAACUGUGUUUCUUACGGGCAAUCCAGCACGCGACGUUGAGAAGGCAAAAGAUGUUCUGUGUCGUCUGGAACACACAACACUAAAGAAUGUUACGACCAAUACGGCUAUCUACUAUGAUCCAGAUCCGAUGCAUACAGUUGUACCUGAAGAUCAAGAAUUCGUUAAUAUUUACUAUGAAAUACCCGAUUUUGAUCCAAAUGAAAUUUCACCCUGGCUCUUGCGCAUCGAACUCGAUCGCAAGCAUAUGACCGAGAAGAAGCUCACAAUGGAACUGAUUGCCGAACGCAUUGCCGCAUCCUUCGGUGACGAUCUCAAGUGCAUUUUUAAUGACGAUAAUGCACAGCGCCUGAUAAUGCGUAUACGUAUAAUGAACUCAACUAGUUCCGAAAGUAAAUUUCAAGGCGCCGAUUUGGCUGAGGAGGAAGCAUCGCUUACUCGUCUAGAUGACGAUAUGUUCUUGCGCUGCAUUGAGAGCAACAUGUUGUCCGACAUGACAUUGCAGGGUAUCGAAUCGAUUUCCAAGGUGUAUAUGCAUUUACCGCAGGUAACAAAUAAGAAGCGGAUCUACAUUACCGAAACGGGUGAGUUCAAAUCGGUGGCUGAGUGGCUGCUGGAAACUGACGGUACAGCGUUGAUGCGAGUGCUGAGCGAGCGGAAUGUCGAUCAAACACGCACCUUCAGUAAUGAUAUUUGUGAAAUGUUUACCGUUUUGGGCAUAGAGGCUGUUCGUAAAUCGAUUGAAAAGGAAAUGAAUAACGUGCUGCAGUUUUAUGGCUUAUACGUGAACUAUCGCCAUUUGGCGCUACUCUGUGACGUUAUGACUGCCAAGGGCCACUUGAUGGCUAUCUCACGUCAUGGUAUCAAUCGCCAGCAAACGGGUCCCUUAAUGCGUUGCUCUUUCGAGGAAACAGUUGAUGUGUUAAUGGAUGCAGCAGCGCAUGGUGAACGGGAUGCCAUGCGUGGCGUCUCCGAAAACAUUAUAAUGGGCCAAAUGCCACCUAUUGGCACCGGUUGUUUCGACAUGGUACUUGACGCUUCCAAAUGCAAAUUCGCUAUGGAAGUGGAUUCUAUGAAUAACAAGAAUGCUUUAUUUUACGGUUCUAUUUUUACGCCACAUACUUUACCAGGCAGCGGACGUAGUGGCAUGAUCGAGUUUUCGCCUGGUAUAAGCGAUGGUUUAACACCACAAUCGGCACGUUCAGCCUGCUUUUCGCCUUCAUCGAAUAUAAGUUCACCUACUAUGAACGUGGAUGAUUUUUGUAGUUCACCAUAUUCUUCGCCAUCGGCCGAAUCGCUUAAGUCAUAUUAUGGUGGUUCCUCACACUACUCACCCAUGUCACCGCUAUAUGAUCCAAAUGCAUACACAAAUGUAUCGAAUAACUCAUCAGGUAGCAAUGAUUUGCUUUCUACGGUGAUGCAAUCGCCAAAAUAUUCACCAAGCUCACCAGAAUUCUCACCGCAUUAUCACCAUUAUCUUCAAGUGCAUUCGCCACAGUCGCCAUCGAAUAGUAGCUCAACGUUUUAUUCACCAGCCAGUCCAACAAUGUCAUGCGCCAGCGUUAUAGGUUCCAAGCGCUAUUCGCCGACUUCACCCCGUUAUUCACCACAAACAAAUAACUACUCACCGACGUCACCAUCCUAUUCACCAACUGCUAUCAGUUCAAAGAGAUGCAGCACUUUUUCUCCCAGCUCACCAACAAGUAAUAAUGAAUCGCUAUAUUCACCGUCUUCACCGCUCAAUACACCAGAAAAUUUAGAGACAUCUUCUUCAAUAACUUGUAGAACUUUGAAGCGUGUACAACCCAAAAAAUAUCGUGCUACACCGUAUUUCUUUGCCGAAAAUAAUGCCACACCUUCAAGCUCUGCCACAUACUCACCGACAAGUCCUAUAUAUGCACACUACUCUCCGUCAAGUCCAAAUUAUGUUGCACAAACACCACGUUAUUCGCCAUCAACGCUUAGCUAUAAUCCUUCUAGUCCCAGUUAUACGCCUGUAAGCCCAUCUUAUAUGGCUAAUUCAGCACAGUAUUCGCCAUUGAGCCCAACUAUUAACUACUCUCCAACAAUAUCUUCACCACAAAUGCAUUUCAUACCACCAGGCUCGCCACCUCAAUAUACAGCAGCGUUACAAAGUCCACGAUACUCAGCCGGUUCCACGAUAGCUUAUUCACCUACAUCACCAACAUAUUCACCCAAUUCAAAUCGUUACUCACCAGCUAGUCCACAAUAUUCGGGCAGCCCUCUUAGCCCUCUUAGCCCCACUUAUUCCAACACAUCCCAAUCAAAUAUCAAUUACUCACCUCUUAGUCCUAGUUUUUAUUCAUCCUCUCCUGCAAGUCCCAUAUAUGGUCGCACAGAUUCGCCAAUGUCGCCCAUCAGUCCAAGCAGCCCCAAUAGUCCUGCAAGUCCACAAUACUCGCCAGAUUCCAAUUGAAAUGAAGUUAUUUGA